AUGUGUUCCUGUUUUUGAAAUGGAAGUGUUCUGGACUUAGUCUUCGAGCUUGCUCAGGCUGUUGUCGUAUGGACUGAGAUUGGGGAUUGCAGCUCCCACAUUUCUGAUAUCCCAGGCUCUAGUAAUGGUGAACGUAAGUAGAGAAAAGGCAAGAGAUGGUACAUAAUAAUGAUGUCCCCAAUCCUGUGUCGCUUGUCCCAGGCCUGUCCGAGAUCCAUCCUAAUCUCUCAGCACCAUGUCGGAUAGCGAUCUAGGCGAGGAUGAAGGCCUCCUCUCCCUGGCAGGCAAGAGGAAGCGCAGGGGGAACCUGCCCAAGGAAUCCGUGAAGAUCCUUCGGGACUGGCUGUACCUGCACCGCUACAAUGCCUACCCCUCCGAGCAGGAGAAGCUGAGCCUUUCUGGACAGACCAACCUGUCAGUGCUACAGAUAUGUAACUGGUUCAUUAAUGCCCGGCGGCGACUUCUCCCAGACAUGCUUCGGAAGGACGGCAAAGACCCCAAUCAGUUCACCAUUUCUCGUCGCGGAGGCAAGACUUCAGAUGUGGCCCUCCCCCGUGGCAACAGCCCGUCAGUGCUGGCUGUGUCGGUACCGGCCCCCACCAAUGUGUUGUCCUUGUCUGUGUGCUCCAUGCCGCUCCCCUCAGGCCAGGGGGACAAGCCAGCAGCUGCCUUUCCACAGGGGGAGCUGGAGCCCCCCAAGGCCCUGGUUACCCCUAGUAGCACCCUCACUCUGCUGACCAGGGCCGAGGCUGGAAGCCCCACAGGUGGACUUUUCAACACACCCCCACCCACGCCCCCAGAGCAGGACAAGGAGGACUUUAGCAGCUUCCAGCUGCUGGUGGAGGUGGCACUCCAGAGGGCUGCUGAGAUGGAGCUGCAGAAGCAGCAGGACCCAUCACCCCCGUUGCUGCACACUCCCAUCCCUUUAGUCUCUGAAAACCCCAAGUAGGCAUCCACCAGCAGGGGUGUAUGAGGCUCAAGCCAGCUGCCCUGGGUUUCCAUUUUGGGUUCCCUUCCAUACAUACAGAGGGUUUUCUAUGGAUCACUGCCAGCCAUCCGGAUCAGUUCCUCUGUCCAGAGGUCUUAAGCAGGAAGACACCAGCUGGUGUCGCUGCACUGUGAUGGGGACCUCUCCCCUGCUGACCGCCUUUUCUCUGGGCCUCCUCCCAGUGAUGAGACCGAGAGCUGGGAUACAGUCAUGGUGCUGCUGCUGCUGCUGCUGCUUCUCCAGAGAAUUCCUGGGACACCUUCAUGCCAGCCUAGUCUCCUGGGCUGGGCUCAGGAAACCUGCCAAGUUCAGACCUCUGCUGGGUCCAAGCCGCCCCUGAGCUGAGCCUCUUUCUGUCAAGCCAGGUGGGGACAUUGCAAGUUCUUAAGUGUGAACAAGAGAAAAGCGAAACCCAGCAGACACAACCGAACCGACUCCAGUUGAAUGUUUGGAUUUUUGCUAACCUGUUUAUUUUCCCCUUUUUGCUGUGGUUGGG